AUGUCUGAUAUUAUAUCUGAAAAUAUAUCUGAAAAUAUUUCUAAAAAAAAUAAAAGAGAUUAUAAAGAAUUUUGUGUUUGGGAUCAUUUUAAUAAAGAAUCUAUAGGAGGUGAAUAUUAUUCAGCAAAAUGUUCUUAUUAUUUUGAAAAAUGGACCAGAAGAAGACCUGAUAAAUUAAAAUCUCAUUUAGCAUUAUAUUGUAAUAAUAUAUCACAGGAUAUUAAAUUAGAAUAUUUAGAAUUAUUAGUUACUGAUAAUUCUAAUAAAAAAAUUAAAAAAAAUGAAAAUAAUUUUGCUAAAGCUGUUUUUAAAAAAUGUCAAAUGUUAAUAUCAUUUUUUAAAAAUUCUUAUCGUACUGGUACUGCUCUUCAAGAAGAUAUUAUUAAUUCUUUUAUAAAAGAAUUAGAACAAUUAGAAACAAUCCUUACACUUUCUAAAAAAAUAAUUCAAGUAGUUGAAAAUAAAUCAAGCAAUAUGGCAUUAUAUAAAGUAUUUCGUGAAAUUUGUUUACAUGUUAUGAAAAUUUGGAAAAAUUUUAGUGGAAAUACAAAUAGUUGUAAAAUUUUAUUAACCCAACUUAGAAAAUAUUCAGAAAAAACUGAACUAUAUGAUAUGGAAUAUAUUGAAGAUCAUGAUAUACCUGAAAUUUGGUGGACAACUUAUUUGAAUUUUUAUGAUAAUAAUGAAACUGAAACUGAUUUAUUUUCAAAUCAACAACAAUUAGAAAAUGAAGAAGAUUUAAAUAUUGAUUUAGAAACAAUACUUGCUGAAGAAUUUCAAAAUUAA